UUUCGGAAUCAGAAAGUGCAGCGUGGAUUAUAGUCAAUACUGCAAAUCGUUAAGUUGGUAUUAUAUGUGCUAACUGCAUAAACUUUACCUGUCGUAAAAAAUUUCUUUGAAGUCUUUUAUUGUUUAAAAUUACUAUGUCUAAAGUAACUUUCAAAAUAACUCUGACCUCAGAUCCUAAGUUGCCAUUUAAGGUACUCAGUGUACCAGAGAAUACGCCUUUCACUGCAGUUCUAAAAUUUGCUGCCGAAGAGUUUAAAGUGAGCCCUGAAGUAAGUGCAAUUAUUACAGAUAGUGGUGUAGGAAUCAAUCCAUCUCAAACAGCAGGUGAUGUCUUUCUGAAGUAUGGUGCUGAAUUAAGAUUGAUUCCCAGAGACAGAGUAGGAAAUUAACAUUCCAAAUGUAUUCAUUGUAAAUAAAGUGAUUGGAGAGGAACUUAUGUAUAUAAAAUGCUACAUAAAUAUUCUUUUUUUAUUAAGAA